AUGCCGCAGUGUGGGGCCGUGCCGUCGGGGCGGCGUCAUGCGUCGGCGGCGGGUUCCGGUGCCGCGAACAUGCCCCCGCGCCCGAGUUGUAGGGCGACAGGCUGUCGGCGGAGGCCGGAGUUGCGGCCGCGUGACGUGCGGGCCCACGCCAGCGGGGCAUCUGGCCCAGUGACGCACCCGUACGUCGUGCGCCCGGGCGACAACCUGUGGUCCAUCGCGCGCUCGCAUGGAAUCUACGUGAGGGACAUCUUGCGGGCGAACCGCUGGCCCGAGGGCGCCUCGGAAGCGACCAUUUAUGAGGGGGAGGUCAUCCGGCUGCCUUCGCACGCCCGCUCGGCCGCGAGGGUCCUCAACCGGGCAGAAGACCCGACGAUUUCGGCUAUGCGGACCGUGAAGGAGCGCGGACAGGCCCGCAAGGACGCCAGCGACGCCGCCGGCUGCGACCCAGCUGCGGCGGCUGAGCUCGCUGGGAGACGCGACAUUGCGGAUCUGUGGCCGGAGAGCUCGUCGUACGUCACGCCCAUGAGCGUCCCCGACGUCGAGGCUCUCAUGCGCGCCUCUGCGUACAACCCAGCACCCCACGACACCUUGCUCGUCGUGUACGCGCCGUGGUGCCCGCACUGCCGCACCAUGUCGGACGCAUUCGAGCACCUCGCCGCCGGCCUCGCCAUGGACCCGUCAGUGAAAGUCGCGAAGAUCCGCGGGGACCUCCCGGAAACUCGCUCCUUUGCCUUUAGGUCGCUGGACGCGCGGACGUUCCCUACGGUCGUGGCCUUCUCGCGGACCAACGGGGCGCCCGUGAAGAUGGGGAGCAUCCAGCGUGACACCUCGUCAUUGUUGGCGUUCCUUAACGAUGCCGUGCGGUCCGCCCCGGGCGCCCCGCAGCUCGAACUGGGCGCCAACGGCCCUGCACAGCUGCUGCGAACAGUGACGCGCAGCUUGUUCGGGGGCGGAGGCCGUGGGGCGGACGGCGCUGGCGAGGCCGUGGCGACGGUGGGCGACGCGCCACGGCCGGCGGGAUUCGGUGGUCAGCUCGCUGCAGGGGCCGGGCUCGUUCUGGGCACGCUGGCGUUGCUCGCGACACUGCGCGGGCUGGUGGUGGCUGCAGGCGUGAUGGUGGAGGGCACGAAGCGGGGCGCUGCGCCCGUCGCGGACGCGUGGGCGGAGGGGCGCGACGCCGUGGUCGGAAGGAUACAGAUGGUUACGGAGGUGCCGCGACCCGAGGCGGCGGAAAUGGCCGACAUCCGAGCGGCUCGACGGGAGUCGGGCGCGUUGCUCGCUGAGCUGCGAGAGGCGCUGCAGGACGCGGAGGCGGCGCACAAGGAGCUCGGCUCUCGCGCACGGAGCCUCUCUGCCCGCUGGAUGGUGCGGCGCUGGAAAGCACGCAGCAGGGCGUUCCUGGAGGCUUGUCUCGCCGUGGGGAGGGUUCUUCAGGUGUUCUUGACGCAAGUGGCGAUGACGACGUCGCAGGCGGCUCUGCGCGGGGGGUCGCACGCGCUGCUGGUCGCGGUGUCGAUGGCGCGACAGAUCGGCGCUGCGUUGUCGGUGCAGCCCGCGCAGCCGGCCGCGGGGCAGCAGCGGGACGCGGAGGCGGGGCGGGCGCAGGAGGCGGACGAGCGCGGCGUGGAGGCUGAGCCCGCGGCGGCGAGGAGCAUUGACGGGGCUGAGGAUGCAGCGGGCGGCAGUGGCGGGGACGACGGGGACGAUGCGGAGGCCUCAGGGCCAGCGUCGCCGAAGCAGCCUGCGAUGAAGCCCACUGGCCGUGCCUGGUGA